AUGCGCACCUCCGACAUCGACGUCCUUUUAUCAUUUCCGCUACCCAACUAUGACAACCCGCAGACAAGAGGACCGGCGCUUGUGAUCGUUAAUUCUACCUUCAUCUCGUUCGUCGUCAUCGCCGUAGCAUUACGCGUAUACACGCGCCUCUAUAUCAAGCGCUGGUUUGGAUCCGAUGACUACCUCAUCUGUGCCGCUCUAGUAUCGACUGUCACCCUAACUAUCAUUGUCAUGCUUGCCAACACCCGUUACUACUGGGACAGACAUGUUUGGGACAUACCUUGGAACGCCGUACCGGGCACCCUCAAAGUUGCCUUCGCUGGUAAAAUGACUUUCAUCUUCGCCGCAACCUUUGUCCGCAUGUCCCUACUUCAGUUCUACUACCGUCUGACCCGGCAAUGUAAUAUUCGCUGGUCUAACUGGGCCUUACACCUUACGCACGCCUUCAACGCCUGCAUUUGCGUUGCCUUUGUCGCCCUCACCAUUUUCCAAUGCUACCCCGUCUCCGCGUACUGGGCCUUCCCGCUACAGAUGAAUAAAUGCUUGCCCGAGGGCCCAGUUACACUCGGCGCAGGAAUCGUCAACUGCGUGGCGGAUCUACUAGUGGCGAGCCUGCCGAUUCCAAUUGUGGCCCAAUUGCAGAUGCCUCAGAGGCAGCGGGUGGGCGUGGUGAUCCUACUAAGCUUAGGCUUUAUAGUGACGACGGCGGGAAUUGUAAGGACGUAUUUCAUCUGGAAGAGUUUGAUGAAUUCGUAUGAUGAAACGUGGUUUGCUUACCCGCUGUGGAUUGCUGCGGUGGUAGAAAUUGAUUUGGCCGUGAUUUGCGCCUGCGCCCCUGCCAUACGCCCACUCGUCACUAUAUAUGUGUCACCCAUAUUUUCCCGCUUCUCGACCCGCCUGUCGAAACGCCUCUACGCAAUCUUAUCCUCCGGCCAUGUAUCCUCUCCCGACGUACCUUCUCCCGAUGGGCCUUCUCCCCGCGUGUCCUCUUCCAGCGUAUCUUCUCCCAGCGUAUCAUCCGUCCGUCUGUCCUCUUUCCGGCCAAAGUCCUUCCGCUUAUCCUCCCUCCACCUAACUCCUUUUCGCCUCUCCCUGCACUCGCCUCAACCUUCCCACGCUUCUUUCGUCAGCCCGCCCACCAUGAUGGAGCACCCGGACACUUGUCCAAGUUUCGAGGAUGAGACUAGAGCAGGAGGAAAACCUCUGCUAGACGCGAAGUUGAAGCAUGUGGAGUUGAGUCGACUGGAACGGGAGAAGAAACGACAACAAGAGAGACGGGAAGCUAGGCACCGCGAGGGAGGACCACGGUAG